UGAUCUCCGUCUUACCAAGGCUUUCACUCAUUCUUCAUGAUGUCUCCUGUUCUUUUAUUCUCCUUUUUACUUGCAAGUCUCUUUGGUGCAUCCUUUGCUCUUCAAGAUGACCAAAUACAGCCUGAAAUUUGGUGCAUAACAUAUCUAUCAACUUAUUUAGUCCCCGUAUCAAGAGGUCACACUCGCCCUACGACUCCCUCUGCUGAAGAAACCAUUUUCCCAGAGACCUCUGAAGCACCUUCGACAUUUUCUACAGACCUGGCUAUCCCCUCAACUCUCUCUAUUUCUGAUGAUGUAAUUAUUACCACUUCAGUCCCAAGCCAAACUACUGGAAUUCCAAUCCCUGAAGCCAGUGGCCGAUCAGUGAUAUUCCGCGUCGUUCCAGAAUCGCAGGACACCAAACGAGACCUACAGGCUAGGGCAGUCGGCGGUUUUGUUGGCAGUCAGUCAGAAAUCUGUGCUGCUGCCGCUGUCUUCAACCUGGUUCAAGGCCGUCUGUUGGAUGGUAGAUUGCCCAUAUACUACAACGGCGAGAGUUUCAAGGAGCUACGCGGCUCCCCAGGAGCGUUACCUCGAGGGGCUGUUACGGUGACCUUUGCUGAUGAGGAUGGAUUCCUCCGAUUUUCCAACUCAGACCUACCAAAUGGUGAGGCAGGCUUCUGUCAAGACCCCGAGAACGGUCAAGUCUAUAUUACUUUCACUGCAUCGCCACCCGGGUGCCAAACUAUAAGACUUUCUAUUACUGACGUCGACGAUUGCCGAGAUGGCGAUGUAUCCUCGAGCUUUUCUUCUCGAACUGCCAAUACACCUCUGCUAUCAGAGUCUACAUCUGUGUUGCUCGGAACGACGUCUCCCUCCAACGCAGUAGCUUCUACGACCACAAAGGAUAUCCAGAUGGGUUCUUCCGCUACAGAUGUUCCAGCUUUGACUUCUCAGGUUGAACCUGUGUAUACGAGCUCUGUGCGAUUAUAUAACAGCUCUUCGUCUAUCAUAUUUGUCACAGAACCUGGUCUCACUCAAACAACUUCUGUGUUGGACAUUUCAGCCAGUGUCACAAAUUUCCCACCUACAUCUCGGCUGAGCUCCGGGACCUCAGAUCCGGAGACCCUAUCCACAGAUUCACUAUCCACGGGUGAACUGUCCACGGAUAUCUUAGGAACGUCGGAAGAGCUCUCUUCUAUCUUGACGCCAACUACAACUGACACGCCAACUACAACUGACACGCCAACUACAACUGACACGCCAACUACAACUGACACGCCAACUACAACUGACACGCCAACUACAACUGACACGCCAACUACAACUGACACGCCAACUACAACUGACACGCCAACUACUACGAAUUCUCGGAUUACAAGUGUCACUAGCUCUGGUACCGACUCCACGGCAAGCUCUGUUGACGGUUCUUCUACUGCGUCUGGAUCAUCGUACAGCUUAGAGACUGAUACUAGCACACUAUCGGAUCUACCAUUGGAUACCAGUUCAUCUUCUGACUCGAGCUCAACGGUCCUUUCAACGGCUGAUACCAGUCUUUUUACCACGACAGCUGUUGAAUUCACAACUUCAACCACUACGAGCUCUGAACCGACGCGCACACGUGCGUGUGCAGAGGGCCUGUCUGAUCCACUGACACUAUUCAAUGGUGAGAGGCCAUCCGACAAUGGUGUCGAAGAGCUCGUGCUCCCUUUUCAGGUACCGCUCUACGGUGAAACCAGUGAAAUGGUCUACGUCAGCCCCAAUGGACUUGUUACACUCAGAGACUCCUUCGGGGCCGAUUCGGUCCCCGCACUGGCCUUCCUACCGGAUGAAAACAUUGAGUCGCUGGCUAUUUUCCCUUACUGGAUUGACAUGAUAGUUCCUGAAGGUUCAGGAGCCGAGGUUACAUACCAGGUUAAGCAGACUCCCUUUGAACCAGGGGUCCUGACCAUAGAUUGGUGUGUUUUCACUACAUCAGGUGCAACUGAGCCAAACCACUUUCAAAUGGUGAUCUCAGAGGACCAACUGACCCCUAUCACCUUCUUCUACUAUACCAUCCAGCCUGGGGGAACUAUUGCUACUAUCGGUGCCCAAAAUCGCGACGCGGAUCAGUGGGUGCAGUAUUACGGUGCUAUCCCAGAUAGAACGUACAUGGAAGUUGAUACGUUCGGUGACGGGGAUAUACGGACUGGUCAGUUCUGAGACCGCACAAAUUCUUAAUUCUCACUUCAUUAUUUUCUUAUUCUCUUUGUUUCAUUUCCUCCCCUUCGAUCUCUGGAUUAGCUAGGCUUUCAGGUUUUCGCGAAGCUUGGUUUAAUAUAGACUACACGUGGUCCUCUUUAUGGUCAGAUAAGAUGUUGGCAGGCGAGAAUAUGAGAGCCUAGGGCAACAGUGUAAAGUUAAUUCCCCUUUAAACCUUAACUGUAUUAGCUACACUACAAUAUCAUCUCAGUCUUGGUUAUCCUUCAACGUAAUCCCCCAAGGAAUCGCACUGAGCAUCCAAGAUCACGCACUGAGUAAAAAGGCAGAGAUAUAAAGAUGAACCUUCCAAAGAAUAUAAGCAGAGCAUUUUUAACCAA